UUGUGGUCGUUGACGAUUUUUGGUGCGCUGCGGUAAAAUUUGUCUGCUAUUAUUUGCUGCUAAAUGCUGCUGCCAUUGUGUGUGUGUAAAAAGUGUUGCUAAAUCAUUAAAGUAAUGGUUUUUCAUUCUUUGUUAAAUGAAAAAUUAACAAAUUGAAAUGUAAAAAAUUAUCCGCAUUAGCAAAGCACACACACGCACACACCUAGAAAAGAAUUCUUCCUUAAAGAAAAUAAAAUUGAAAAUAGCAAAAAAAAAAAAAAAAAACACAUUCAGUCCUUGUACUCGUUCUUUGCUAAAGUGAAAUCUUGUAGGAGUUCAAUAUUGUAUAAUAUACGUUCAUGCCGUCGUACAUGUGUAUAUGAGUGAAAGGAGAGAGAGUGAAGAAACAACAGAAAAAAAACGUAACGAAAAAAGAAAUGUUAUUUCUGACGAAAAGGCAUGAAGUGAAACAAGCCUAUCAGUGUCCAUUGUAAAAAGCAACGAAGCAAAAAAGGAAUCAGAAAGCCUUUAUCGCAGUACCUUUCGUAGUGGAGUAUAUGGUGUAAUUCUUUGCCAGAGAAAAAAUAUUAAAAAGUUUAAAUACUUAUUUCCAAAUUUUUUCUACAAAGUGCAAAUUAUAUGUGUUCUGUAUUUUGAUAUGAAAUUGUCCUGAACGAAAUUGAAAGUGACUUCCCCGAAGAAAACAGCAACAAAAUUUUUAUUCACGACAAAGGAAAGAAGGAAAAUCAAGGAUUAAACGUAGAAAUAGCAAAUGGAAAACAACACAGAAACGACAAAAAUAUGCUUGCGGGCUUUAUGAUGAAAAUGUAAGUGUGUGCGUGCACGUUCCGUUGGUGAGGUGGUAGUGCGGUAAUGCCAAGCUGGAGAAGAAUGUGUUUGCUUCGUUAAAAAUAGAAAAGUGAUAUAUUUUAUUGUCGCUCCUAAAAAUCAGCUACGAAAUCCUAAACAAGCACGCAUACACUGUCAUGCACAACGGGCGAUAAGUAGACACAUUACGCUACUAGGCCGUGGCGUGAAGGAGCACCCCCCCACCCCCCACACAAGAAAACGAAAAUAAUAGUAGUGCGUAUGUGUGUGACUGGGAAACGGACAUUACGCCAGACAAACAGUUCAUUUGUUUGUUUGUCAGUCAUCGUUGUCGCUCAGCCAUAGUGAGACAAAUAAAACGAACAAAAAGAACACACAGCGAGAGUGAGUAAGAGAGAACGAAACGUAAACCAAACCAUACCAAAAGAGUGAUUUGCUUGCUUGCACAUAUCUUGUGCUGAGAUGUGGUGCUGAUUAUUGUAAUGGCUGUGUUAGUGGUGUUGGUGAUACCAAUAGUAUCGUCGCUUUGAUGAUUGUGGGGCAUUGAUUGUGAGUAAAAAUUGUAUAAUGUGUACAAAUGGUGUGCGUGAGUGUGUGCGCCAGUAACGGAGAAUAUGAAUGAAAAAGCAUAAAUUGCUUGCUGCGCUCUUCCUUAUACACUUACACCCACAUAAAAGAAGGCAACCAAAACGUCAACGUUAACGUUAACAGCAACGACAACGUCAACGGCAACAACACGCCUCCCAACCAGAUAUAACAAAAGCCAUAAUCAACGACCGCAUUGGUGGCAGCGACAUCAAGAACAGACAUCACUAACAACAACUGGUAACCAUGUCCCAGAGAAGGUGUUGUAGAAUCUGUCAAAAACAGCAGCAGGCUUGCUUCUGAUAGUAGUUGUAGUAGUAGUGUUAACGUACAUAAAUACCUACAUAGACACAUACAUACAUGUCAGCCUAUUAUGUACGCCUGCUGUUGUGUGUACACGUGUACAUGUGAUGUCUGCCGACAGUGCUGCCAACGUACUGCUGUAAUACACACUUUUACUACAGACAGAGAGCCUGCCACUUAUUGCGCGAGCAUAGAAUUGAAUUCUAUUUGAUUUCUUCACCUUAUUCUACUACUACUACUGUUCUUUGAUGUUCCUCCUUCCUUCCGUCCGUCCCCACUUUACACUAACAAGAAAAACAACAACAAUAAUAAUAAUAAUACACCAACAAUAACAACAACGAUAACGACCCACAUAUGUAUCUCUUCGCAGUAGCUGGCCUCAAAGUCAGAGUCGUCGCAACUACUCUAGGCCAUCGAAAUGCUUCUUCUGUCUGCUCAUUGUGGUGCAAGCGAAGAAGGUGAUGGUGUCGGAGGUGAAUUUUGAAGUGUGGUGUAUUUGAGAGGACACGGAUACGAACCCACGUGUAUUUACAACAUUUGUGGUGUCUCUACGUCUCCAGUGUGCGUGUGGGAUUCACUUUUCACUUCUCUCUGAAACAAAAAUAAAUCAACAACAAAAUACCAAAAACAUAGUUUACAGUUUAAACUCAAAUAAGGCAAUAUAAACAGCAGCAGCAGCAACAACAACAUAAAAAACAACAACGACAUUCACAGCGCUGUAUUAUAAGAAUACAUGCAAACAUACAUGUUGUGUACAUACACACACACAUUUAUACAUAUAUAUGCACUUAUUCUCCCCCCAUUUGGUUUCAAAACUAGCCAAACAUCGUCGUUGUCAGAUAGGAAACAGAAGCACCAAAUCGCAGAACAUCCAUCCCAACCGAUAUAUCCACAGAAGCACACACACAUACGUACAUACACAAUACACAAACACUUUCUGACUCACAUAACAUCAACGUGGCAACGUGCUCCAGUUUACAGAGGAUAAACGGAAAACAGCAGAACUCUUUAAAUUUCUUGGUUUUUGGUGAAUAAAACUCGACAACAAAAACAAUAACAACUAACAGCUUCUUCAGAAUAACAACAAGCAAAUAGGAGCAAAACUGAGAUAAUGGAGGGCGAGUAGAAAAAGCAGCAGCUGGAUAAAAAAGACUCAUUGAAAUAAUCUUCAAACUUUCCCUUCAAUUAUACCAUAAGUCAAUAGUUCUACUACUAUCGUAUAUCAAAAAAAACGCACACAAUAAGAAGACAGAAGGCAGAGAAUAACGUCACGUUUUCAGCUGUUAAAUAUUCUUUCGCACAAGAUCCGGUGAUGUGGGACAACCCCCGCAGCGGGAAAUGCAACAAACCCAACGUUAUAUACCGUCUGUAUCUGAUCUAUAUGGAACGGACGAGAUAGAACUACUACUGGACGAAAUACGCGAACUGGAACCGGUCUGCUGUCAGCUGGACGAUGAACAGGAUUUUGAGAUAGCUGGCAGCAGGGCCGGAGAGCUAUCACUAUCCUUGGAAUCGCCACUGGGCACAUGCACUUCGUGGGACUCACAUGCCAAUUAUAAACAGCGUAUCACCCAAACGCCACUGCCAUGGGGUGUAGCCCUACACUGUGAUCCGCAACAUUUAAAAACGCCCACGGGCAUCGUUCGAAUAUUGUUGGUGUUAUCUUCAGCGGCCUGUUUGGCCUGUGAAUGUUCAGCGGGAACAGUACAAGUUGGACUCUUUUUACUGCCACUCAUUGGACGCCUCAGACUGAUGGUUUUCUGUGCACUCUUUUCUCUUCUCAUCACUUGCCUCAUGUUAUUUCUCGAUAUUUCGCAUAUAGCUCUAAUGUUUCCCUUUAAUUGGACAAAAAUUAAUACAUGGAUGUACCUGAGUAUUGGUUUAAUAUUGAUUUUGAGCUCCACACUAAUAAUGCAUAUGGUGCUCUUUGCCGAGGAGUAUACGCUGGUACCAAAGUACACAAAAGAUACACUAUUUGCAUCAGCGAUAAUCGGUUAUAUUUGUGCCAUUGAAUCGUUGUUAUUGUCUGGUAUUGCUUCCUGGCCAUGGUCACAAUAUCGCCACGUGCCCGACGAUGGUAGUGAUAUGUAUAUCGAGGAUCGUGAAAUGACACCCAUGAGUCCAAUCGAUAGUACGGAUGUGCCGAAUCGUCAACAGCUGCAACUACAACUGCACCAACAACAAUCUCAAAAUCACAAUAAUUGUAAUAAUAGCGCAACAGCGCACAGUGAAUCGAACCAUCACAACAAUCAACACAAUCGUACAAUAUCAUCACCAACGUCCUAUAAUAAUCAAAAGCCUUAUAUACCUGCCAAACGACCCAAUGAAAUAAAUAAUCAAAGACCAACACUGGGUCACACUCAAACAACCCGUAAACCGAAUCAGCGUUAUCGUGAGGGUUACCACUAUCAACCUGUUGCGUCUACGUCCCGCCAGAGUCCCACAUUCGUCAUAGGCGAUGACAUUGGGGCCGGUCCAUCCACAUCCCGAUCCAAUGAUAAUUCUAGUGCGUGAUAGUUUUUAUUCCUCAUUAUAAUAUUAACAUUUUUUAAAAAUAAAAACCAAAUUUGCAUUGAAAACCAAACCAAAAAAUCUCAAUCCAAAAACAAACAAACAUUUUUUUUAAUUUAAACAUAACUAACUUAGAAUUGAUUUAAGUAAAUUUGAAAAAGAGAAGCAAAACAAAAAACCAAAAACAAAUUAUAAGAGACACAAGUAAAUUGUAAUGAAAUUAGAUAAAAAAAAUAAAAUAAUUAUGGAUGAGAAAGAAACAAAAUCAGAGUUGAAACGAAAGCUAAUGCGCAAGCGCAAAAGAGUUGAACACAAAACUAAAAUAAAAACAAACAAAAUUAUUAUUUAAACUGAAACUGAAAACAAUUGGAAACUAGAAAGAAAAACUGAAAACACAACAAUAAUAAUGUUAAAUUUGUAACUGUGUAAAAUUAAAAAAUUAAACAAAACGAAAAAACCAAAAACAGCAGCAUUAUAAGAAACUGGAAAUAUAAGAAUUUAAAAGAGACAACCCCCUUGCAAAAGGUAACACGAUAAAGAAACCCCCUAUAAAAUACCAAAUUUGCAAUAAAAACAACCGAAAAAAUAAAAAUAAACAAAAUUUAGUAAUCUAUAGAAAGGUAAAGCAAACAUCAUACUAGAAGUAAAGAACAGUACUGACAUAACUAGAAAACAAAUUGCAAAUAAAAACCAUCAAAAUCUCUCAUCAACACAUCACAAUUACCCAUAGGCUUUGGGAUACAUCAUUACUUGGGUAUGCAGAUCCAUUAACAUCCAAAAACUUCGAGUUACUUUGAAUCGUGUUCAAUGCUCAAUGCGAGAAUGUGUGCAACCUGCACAGUGGUUUCUUUAAGAUAUAUGCAUAUUGCCUUAUCUUGUAUUCGUAAGCGAUGGUACAUAUGCGUAUUGAUCAUGUGUUUGGAUCCCAUGUCUGCCAGGAGAAAAUAACGAUUUACUUUGUGUCAACGCAAUCAGCUGAAUUAAUUCAUUUUCGUAAUUAGUAGAGUUAACAUAUGCUCAAGCUUUCCCACGCUUUCGAACUUAAGACAAUAUUGAAAAACUUCAAUAUUGUGUCCCCAUUUUAUUUUAUUUUAUUAAAAUUAAUGAAAUUCUCCCCAAAAACAUUUAUAUUCUGCCGCACAGUUUGUUACACGCUAUCUUACGUGGAAAUAACACCCAAUCUCACGUGGAAAUAACAUCCAAAGGUGUUACAUGUAUUUACAUAUGCUACAUGUAUUUGUCCUAAGACAUGGUAAACUUAGGACAUGGGAAAGUUGUACACGCCGUGUAAUACGUAACCAUAGCGUAAAUGCCUAUUAAAUUAUUGCGAAAUCCGAAGAGCUAUUUUCUUUGUCAGAACACAAAGUCAAACAACAACACACAACAAAGAAAAUAGUACUGAAGUAGAGUUAAUUUAGCCCAUUUUGUGAGCAUUUAAUUACAUACAUUUGCUAUUAAAAUUUUGUGAAAUUUAUCAUGAUUCAGCGACAUGUUGCUACUAUUUUGCUCUUAGAACUCGGUAUUCGUAUUCGUCGGUGUAUUCGUAUUAUCUUCGUCCCCAUUUUUUUAGUGCGUUUUGACAGUUGUUACUGUGAAAAGUUGAAGUCAGUACUAGGCUUUAUUCACAAAACUUAAUGAAGCUUUAAAAUAGGUUUAUUUUACAGUUCUAUAAAGUAAAUAUGUCAAAUAGACCUAUACCAAAUCUACAUUAAGUUUUGAGAAUUAGGCCGUCAUAUGAAAAACGGAUUUAGGAACCAAUCAGAACUUUUUCGAUCAAAGCAAGCUCUUAUUUCAUUAAAUAUAUAUGUAGAGAUACACAUACAUACAUACUAAAGGCCUGCAAAUGACACAUUUUCUCUUUUAAUGCCACCUAUCGAAAACAAACGCAUUGCUACGAUCUGUGAUCAUCAACCAAACAUGAUGCCAUGACGGCCUGAAAAAACAGCCAGUCGUAUGCUGCAAUCCCGAAACAACAUGACAUACCUGUAAUGCAUCUGACAACAAUGUGAUUUUGAAAGUAUUUGAGAAAAGAAAAAACCCAAAGAAUUUUGUUUAUCUGUUAAAUGAUGGCGUCAAACUAAUAUUUGACAAAAUGCAUUGUAUUUUUUUUUUUUUUUGUAGGUUAGGAUUUUUAGGAUUUUUAUUUUAAUUUCAAAUAGUCCUUAAAAAACAAAUAGCCCUUAAUUUAUCGGAAUACCUUCAUAUCCGAGAACCCACAUCAGCGUCACAUCGUGGACCCGGGACCCUUCCAAGGUCUCCAAACAAUCCGCCACACACCUCGACCUUGCAGUCCUCGAACCCAAGGCCUUGAGUGCCACCAUACCUAGUUUUGAGGGCGACAGAUCCCUUACCAGAAUUUAUCUUGCGGCUACUGUAACGGCACAGACUCUGCCUGCAAGACUGUACGCUCAUCCAGUCGUCUCAGAGACAUACCAAUGUUGAAUGCGUCUGAGUAGAACCCCAAUCCAGUUCCUGACUCCAUCUAGCCAUCAGUGAAAAUCGAGAUCUCAUCUCCCUCAAACACAGCAUUCGCCUUCAUUCGCCCCUUUCGAGAAAACGAAUCCUGAAUGUCCUAAUCCUAAUCGAUAUCGGAGUCAGAGAGUCGGAGAUUCUCCUCAGUUUAUCCACCGCAUUAUUACAUCUAGGAUAGAACUGCGGCCACACCUGUCUUCCUUGAACAUGCCGAGCUCCAUCAGCCAAAGCGCGUCCUUGGCGAUCUAGUUCCGAAUAUAGGUCUCAAUGGGCUGCAUGUGCAGCAUAGCCUCCAGGACUGCCCACGGUGCGAAUCUCAGUGCCCGUCUAACUCCGACAUAAGGCAGUCUCUGGACCUUCUCGAACUCCCUCGCACUAGUCCUCUUUAUCUACGGCCCUCCACCAUACCAAUGCCCCAUAGGUCAGCACUGGUCUCACAAUGGCCGUAUACAUCCAAUAAAUCAUCUUGGGGGUUAUACCCCACUUCCUACCGAACAUCCUCCUGUAGGAAGAAAAAGAGCACAGUGCCUUAUGGCUCCUUUUUUCCGCAUUCCUUUUCCAGGAUAGCUUAGAAUUGAGGAUUGAGGAUUACGCCACGAUACUUCGCCUCCUUCGACAGCUGCAGGGUGAUUCCGUCCAACGAGGGAAGUCGGAACUUCGGUAUCUCAUAUCUGCGAGUAAAGAACACCAUCUCCGUCUUCUUUGGGUUGGUUCUCUACCCAUUUCCGAUAGCCCAUCGCGACAAUCUCCUCAGUGACUCUUCCAUGAUCUCACUUAUCGUCGACAGAAACCUGCCCGGACCAGCAACACGGCGACGGCUGCAUAAACGAUUUACUUAAUGCCAUCUCCACCAAGAUCCAACAGGAUUUCAUUCAUCCUGGGUUCGACAAAAUCAGCGAGAUUCGAGAGCACUUUACGUAACCUAGAUGCCUCACUAGGAGUUUCCAAUUCUCCACAGAAUUUCGCCCAGGAACUCCUCUUCGCCUUCCUCGUCUCCUUCUUGAACCUGACAAAGCUCUAUCUUAGCCUUAUUAUAAGACCUCCUGCUCUGCCCCCUGAGUACCUUUAGUUCCGAUGACCACCACGACUGGCUGGUUUUACCCGACGGUACUCGUUCGGGACAUUCGUCCAAAACGGUCUCGUUCAGUCAUCCCUUGACAAGAAGAAACAUGAAUCGAAGUUUAAUUCGUUUUAAUAGCCAACUAAAUCUCCAUGUUUUUUUCUAAAAAAAAAUCGUCAAAAAUUAUACAAAAUCAUUUUAAAUUAAAAACCAUAAAAAAUGUAUGCUCAUUAACCUACUACAACUAGGUUAUAUGUUCUUAUAAAACAUUUUCGAAUGGUAUAUAUAUAUAUAAUAUUUUGUUAUGGCUGUAAUUUUAAUUAAACGACACUUUUGAAGUAAAAUUUUACACAGAACGACGUGCAAACCUACUUUGUAAAUUUUUAAUAUUAACAAACUUACAAAAUAUUUAAUAUUUUUAACAUUAGUAUGUUUAUCCAUGAGAUAACUGCCCAGGUAUCAUAUGUUGGAAAUCAUGCAGCGUAAAUAAGAAGUCAAAAGGCAUUAAGUGCGGCCGGGCCGAACUUUGGAUACCCACCUGUGGUUUAUUUCGACAAAAUCAGGUGAAAGUGAACCAUUUAUAAACCCGUAACAGCUAUAUCGUAUUACAGUCUGAUUUAGGCCAAACCCAACAGAAACGUCAAGGAACUUACUUAACACUUUGUUCCAAAAUUCAGCGAAAUAGGGUAAUAAAUAAGCCAUUUAUAGGUGAAGAAUCAUAAAUUGGGAGAUCGGAGUAUAUGACAGUUAUAUCCAAAUAUGGUCUUAUCUAAACCAUACUCUGAAAUGUCGUUAAGAGGCCUACUACAACUUUCAGCGCCUAAUUGCAACAAAAUCGGACAAUAAAUGUGGCUUAUAUGGGUCUAAGACCAUUUAUCUGGAGAUCGGUCUAAAUAUCAAGAUAUAGUCCAACGUAGCCCAUCUUCGAACUUAACCUGCUUAUGGACAAAAAAGUAUGAGUUUAAAAAGUUUCGCCUCGAUAUCUCUAUUUUUAAAGAUUGUAGCGUGGUAAUAACAAACAGACUUUGCUAGAUUAUCUUAGAAUUUUACGACGAUCAAGAAUAUAUACUAUUUCUUAUAGCGUCGAAAACGAUUAUUUCGAGGUGUCGCAAACGGAAUUACAUAUAAAUAUACCUCCGAGCUUCGGUGGUGGGUAUAAAAAUAGUGUGUUUUGCCAUGUGAUAAACAUAGAUGGUUAUGGUAUAUUAGUAUCAUAAUUCCUAGUCAGCUGUUCGCAACAACCUUUAAGUGGAUAUAUCUUGAAAUUUAUUUAAAAUAUAAAUAUACUAUCUGAGCCCGGCCCGCUCUGCUGCGCCCGAUAAUGCAAUGUUGGAGAGGAGUACUCCUAAUGUGGAAUUUCUGCCCAAUUUCAGUUGAAAAUGUAUUCCAAUUUUCCUGCCGAUUUUUCUACUCUCAAAUACCUCUUAUUUAAAACCCACAGUGCAAUGGUCAGUAAAAGUUAUGUUUGUGGGUGUGGUGGAACCCCAGGGACUUCGUCCCAAAAACGAAAGCAAUUUCGUGCUCUAUACCCAAAGACCUCUCAUUUUAGAUCCAUAUUGUCAUGGUCGGUAAAUAUGUCCGGUUUGUGGGUUUUUUGGGGUGGGGUGACCCACGAAACACUUAGUCCCACAAUUGGAUAUGAUAUUCGCUUUCUACUCUAAAAUACCUUUAAUUUGAUAUCCAUAUUGUAGUGAUUGGUCUAUAAAUCCGUUUGGCGGAUUUAUUUGAUUUUAGGAUAUGGUUAGUGUGCCAUCUCCGGGAUCUGGUGUUUUUGAAAAUUAUUGUUAAAGCCCGUCUUAGAGUGGUAAAGUUAAAAAAUAAUGCCGCAAACAACCGCAACAAAGUCAUAACGAAGAUAAAUGCUGUAUGAUCAAUGUAGUAAAGAUGAUUCUGUGGUAAAGAACUAAUUAUAUUUGGUGCGGCGACGAUAGUUCUUACAAUUAAAUCAUGUAAAACUUUUGAACAAAAAAGUGUUACACAGCAGCACGCCGUUUGGUCUUGUCUAUCGAUGAGCUAAAAAUGGCUGAAAUCUUAACAUUAAGGGUUGCAACUCCUCCUAUUACGCUGAUCGUCAUAAUUCCUUAUACCUUUAAUUUAACCCCAUAUUGCCAUGAUUGGUGUAUACAACCGUUUGGUGAAGGGUGUCUAUAUGAGGAUUGUGCGCCACACUCAAUCUGCCACUUGAGCACAUAUUUGAAUGACGCAUUCUACUCAAAAAUAUCUAGCAUUUGAUCCCCCAUUGUUUUAAUUGGUCAAAUAAUCUACUGGAAGCGAUUUUUGGAGGUAAAGCGCCACCUAGAUUCUUGGACACAAAGUUUAAUGUCAUAUUCGUAAUCAAAUCCCAAAUGCCUUUCAUUUGAAUCUUAUGUAGCUAUGAUCGAGUAAAAUUCUUAUUUGGCGGGCUUUUUGGGGGUGGGGCGACCCGCAAAUAUUUAAAUAACAUUUUUUAUGUCAUAUUCGUAAUCUUCUGCCGAAUUUGAGUCCCAUAUUGAUUGGUAAGUCCAAUAUAUUUGUUUGGGGAACUUUUGGAGUCUGAGUGCCCCCUUGGUUUCUUGGACCCAACUUUUAACGCCAUAUUCGUAUUUUACUCUCCAAUAUCUUUCAUUUGAUACCCAUAUUGUCCCGAUCGGUCAACCUUUCAUUCGAGCCCCAUAUUGUACUUAUCGUCCAAUUGGCCUAUUUGAAAGGGUUUUGGGGUCGGAGCAGCCCCUUAGGUACUUGGACCCAAAUUUUGACAUCAAAUUUGUAGUCUUCUCCCGACUACCUUUCAUUUCAGUCCCAGAUUGCCUCGAUCAGUCCAAAUUUUUUUGGAUUGCACUUUUGGGGUAGGGGGAGGGUCCGCCCCUCUUGAGAUAUCAAAAAAUUAUAUAGCCUAUUGCUCCUAUUCAAACAUACAAAUAAACACAAAUUAAUUUUUAUAUAUACAGACAGAUAGACAAAAGAAGAAGAAGAUAACUAUGACAAAGAACACGCGGCAAGAAAUCAAAAAUUAAAUAUUUUUUUUUAAUUGAAUCAAUUAUUUCUCAUUCCAAACAGUCAAUCCCGGAAUUCGUUUCAAAAUCAUCUACUCAUCAUUUCGUAAUGGGAAAACGGUCUGUAACUAUGGUGACUGAAAAAACCCACGAACCCAAUCUGAAAAAUACAUUUUCUUAUAUGGUGAAUUAAAAAUCUCAACACCGUUCAAUGUUUUAAACAAGUUAUUGCUUUACCAGAAUGUAGCAGUGCGUGAUGCUACCAGAGGCUCUGGUCUGUCGCUACUAUGGUAUCACAAUAGGCAAACAUUCCCUGAUUUGAGGCUGCCACUAUAACCAAAGCUAACAUAACUAUUUCCCUUCGAGGCGUCCCGCAGUCAUUUCGCCACUGUCAUUGUUGAGUUAUUGUUCGAUUUUUGGUAUAGUGAUGUGGCUUAGGACAACUUUUAUGUGGUUAAGUUUUAAGCACACUACGAAACCAAUAUAGGCUCAGAGGUUAGCAUGUCCGCCUUUGACCCUGAACCACUGGGUUUAAAUCCCAAAGAGAACGCCAAAAAAAUGUUCGGACGGUGGUUAUCCCCUUCUAAUCCUGUCGAGGAAUUUACCGUGUAUACCUUUUUGCCAAGUGAUGUCGCUCUGCGGCAAGCCAUUUGGACUCAGCAAUUAAACCGAGGUCCCUUAUCAUUGAGCUUAUACUUGUAUCGGACAGCACUCAUUGAUAUGAGAGUAUAUCCCGGCUCUUCCUCAAUGAAAUGUUCAAGCAAAAUAAUAAAUUGAUGUUUGUCAUCAUCUUGUAUCCCGCAAUCGUUUCCCAGUGGAGACAUAAAUGUUUUGGGUGCAACCGAAAAUUUCGCUCUGGAGCUGCGUAACGGGCUUUAAGCACUGCUUGAAAAGCAAAUUUUGUAUUAGGAUAAGCAAUUAGUAUUUUUGUAAAAAAGCGUCAAUUAUUUGUGUCCGAAAUUCAAAGAACUUCAGGACAGGAGGCGCAAUAUGGAUGAGACGCUUUCCAACGAUUUGUUGGUUUGUUUGUGGGGUAGAAUGAACAGAGUAGACUUUAACGCACAGAAGACACAGUGCUGAUUCUUGUUUCACAAGCGAUUCACUGACCCAUUACAAUCGUCAAUAUCUAUCGACGUUCUGAGCAUGAAGAUGCAGUGUGAUGUCGUUUAGUCAAAACACGUAUUCGUAGUGUCGAAAGAAUCAUUAAAGUGUUUGGGCUUUCUUGAGCGGUGCAAGAAGUAUUCCACCCCUUCUGAUCUUUUUAAUAUCUAUACAACCUACAUCAGACCAAGGAUGGAAUAUAACUCUCAUAUAUGGGCGAAGCUCCAAAGUCGUCCUUAGCGCUACUUGACCGACCGGUUUCAGCGAAGAUCGAUGGUGUUGAUAGGGAACAGUAGGAUAUCCAACCCUAUUGCUUCUCUUGAACAUCGUCGGAAUGUGGGUUGCGUUAUACUGCUCUAUCGUUACUUUCAAGGCGUGUGUUCUGGGGAUAUCCGUCUUCUUAUUCCUGACGUUAGGACGUUGACCAGGUAUACAAGACUUGGCAGGAACUCACACCCAUUUGUUAUUGAUUGGCCAGUUAACCGAACCAUGCAUUGCAUAGAAAAAUUCGCCCGAACCAUUCGUAUGUACAAUAGACUUUCGGUUGAUUUCUUUCUCACCAAACUUGAUGUUCAAAAAUUUAAGACGAAUAUCAACAAGCACUACACCCUCUUUCCCCACUCCAAUCCUGAAAUGUACUAAUUGCCAACGCAAUGCACUGCAUAUGUAGGAGACAUCCCCUGCGUGUUUGUUAAGAGAAGAAAAAACAAGUUGACUGAAUAGGCAAGCCUUUCGCUUAUACAUAUAUGUAUUUCAAUCAUCAUCUACUUUUAUCCUAAAAUAUUUAAUGGAUUUUAGACCUGAAACGACAAUUGUUUAUAUUUGGCAAUAAAAGCAAAGCUAUCGACCACGCAUACAAGCAACAGGGUUUGCUAUUGUAAGCAUACAUCUUUCACGAAAUGUUUAUUAUUCACUUCAUAUUAAUAUUUUAAUUUAAACCACUGUGCAUUUUAAUUUUGAAAAGUCUGUCCAUUUCUGAUUUGCGUACUCUUUCAAGUAAAACUUACCAGAAAUAGAAAUAAGAAUCACAUUUUACCAUUUCACAAAGCAAACCAUUUUACUGAAAUAGCCCAGAGCUGCAAAUACAAAUAUCCAAAUAGCCUACACAAACACAUGCGUAUCUGCGACUACACACACACAUAUGUAUAUGCUGCAACAAAGUGUCAUUUCCGUUUCUCUUACGUUUAGCGGAAAAUAUUGCAUGUAACCUGUAGACCGUGCAUUCAGCCCACACAUUUCCAUUUCUAGUCCAACCAGCAGAAAAAACUAUUUGAAAAUUGUCGAAAGUCCAACUCCAACAACACAAAUAACAACAUACAGACAAAUCUAAUGAAAAAAUAAUAUUUAAAACAGAAGACAAACGUACUGCCUACAUACUCACACAAACACAACAAAACAUCCAUACAAAUACAUCAAAUAAAAAAUACAACUGAGAACAAUGAAAAAACACGAAAUGUAAAAAACAAAACAAACUCAAUCUAGAUUAAAACCCGCAACUAAAGUACUUGUUGUGUACCCCUUCAGACAAGACAUGCAUAUUCACACCUACAAUACAAAAAAAAAAACGAAGCAACCAUAACAGAAAAUCAGAAAAAAAUUAAUUGAAGAAAAAAUAUUUUUUUUGACAAGAGGUAAACAGAAGAAAACGAAGAACAACAUUUAUUUAUUAAGCAUGAGAAAAAUGAAAAUCAUCUUGUUAUAAACGUAGUUUUGCUUAUUUUUUAAUAAAAGAAUAAAUAAAAACAAAACAAUUAUAUAAAUGAACAAAUACAACAAAACAAA